AUGUUGCGCAUCUCGGCCACCGUGUUGGCGGCGGGGUUGCUCCUCCUGGGAUUCUUGCACAGUUUGGAAGCGGUCUCUCCCGCCAGGGCUGUCGAUGCUCAAAAGAGCUGCAGCCCAAAGCAGUUUGUGUGCAAGGAUGGGGUGACGUGCAUCUCUAAGGGCUGGCGCUGUGACCGUGAGAAGGACUGUCCUGAUGGAUCUGAUGAGGAGCCUGAUGUCUGUCCACACAGCACCGUGUCCCGAUGCCCACCCAAUGAGUACCAGUGUGGAGGGACGGAGUUGUGCAUCCACAUGAGCAAACUGUGCAACGGGGUCCCAGACUGCACCAAUGGCUGGGAUGAGGGAGCCCACUGCAGAGAAUAUCGGUCCAACUGCUCUAUCAAAGGCUGUCAGGAGAACUGUACGGCUACACCACUGGGGCCUGUUUGUUACUGCAAGAAUGGUUUCAAGAUCAGUUCAGAUGGAAAGACGUGCAAAGACUUUGAUGAGUGCAGUGUGUAUGGGACCUGCAGUCAGACCUGCACUAACACUGAAGGCUCCUACUCUUGUUCCUGUGUGGAGGGCUAUCUCCCCCAGCCAGACAAUCGCUCCUGCAAAGCUAAAAAUGUGCCAGUGGACCGUCUGCCCAUUCUGCUGAUAGCCAAUUCCCAGAACAUCCAAGCCACCUCCUUGAGUGGCACCGCUGUCCACAGCCUGCUGUCCACCAGCACCAAACAAACCACGGCCAUGGACUUUGUUUAUGCCAAGGAAACUGUCUGCUGGAUUCAUGUGGGAGACUCCCCCUCAUCCACUCACCUCAAAUGUGCCUUGAUCCCCAAUCUGAAGAGCUUCACAGAAGAAAAGAUCAUCAACAUCACCUUCAGCUUGCACCAUGUGGAGCAGAUGGCUAUCGACUGGCUCACGGGAAACUUCUACUUUGUGGACGAUGUGGACGACAGGAUCUUUGUGUGCGACAAGAACGGCCAGACAUGUGUCACCCUCCUGGACCAGGAGCUGUACAACCCUAAAGGCAUCGCUCUGGAUCCCACCAUGGGGAAGGUGUUCUUCACAGACUAUGGUCAGAUCCCUAAGGUGGAGCGCUGUGACAUGGAUGGCCAGAACCGAACCAAACUUGUUGACAGCAAGAUCGUGUUCCCACACGGCAUCACCCUGGACCUCGUCAGCCGCCUGGUGUACUGGGCCGACGCCUACCUGGACUACAUUGAGGUGGUGGACUAUGAAGGCAAGAACAGGCACACGGUCAUCCAAGGCCUGCUGAUUGAGCAUUUGUAUGGGCUGACUGUGUUUGAAAACUAUCUGUACGCCACCAACUCCGACAACGCCAACAUGCAGCCAAAGACCAGCGUGAUCAGGAUCAACCGCUUCAACAGCACCGACUACCAGGUCGUGACCCGAGUGGACAAAGGAGGAGCGUUGCACGUCUACCACCAGAGACGCCAGCCUCAAGUGCGUAGCCAUGCGUGUGAAGAGGACCAGUUUGGGAAGCCUGGAGGCUGCUCUGACAUCUGUCUUCUAGGUAACGGACACAAGACCCGGACGUGUCGCUGUCGUUCUGGAUUUAGUCUGGGCAGUGAUGGCAAGUCCUGCAAAAAACCCGAGCACGAGCUCUUCCUGGUCUAUGGUAAAGGACGUCCAGGCGUCAUCAGAGGCAUGGACAUGAACGCCAAGGUCCCGGACGAGUACAUGAUCCCCAUCGAGAAUCUGAUGAACCCCAGAGCUCUCGACUUUCACGCCGAGAGCGAAUUCAUUUAUUUCGCCGACGCCACCAGCUACAUCAUUGGCCGACAGAAGAUUGAUGGAACGGAGAGGGAUACUAUUCUGAAGGAAGGGAUCCACACAGUGGAAGGAAUUGCUGUGGACUGGAUGGCAAACAACUUGUACUGGACAGAUGAUGGGCCCAAGAAAACGAUCAGCGUGGCUCGGCUGGAAAAGGCUUCACAGACCCGCAAAACACUCAUUGAAGGGAAGAUGACUCAUCCUCGUGCCAUUGUGGUGGAUCCUCUUCACGGGUGGCUGUAUUGGACAGACUGGGAGGAGGAUCCGAAGGAGAGCAAGCGAGGCAAAAUUGAGCGGGCCUGGAUGGAUGGCUCCAACAGAAAUGUCUUCCUGAGCAGCAAAACGGUGUUGUGGCCCAACGGACUCAGCCUGGACAUCCCACAGGGCAUUCUCUACUGGGUGGAUGCUUACUACGACCGCAUCGAGAUGGUCCACCUCAACAGCUCCGGGCGCAAGACGGUGUAUGAAGGUCAGGAGCUGAACCACGCCUUUGGUCUGUGCCACUAUAAACACUUCUUGUUCUGGAACGAGUACCGCAGCGGCAGCAUUUACAAGCUGGACACUACUACAGGCACUGCCACACUGCUGCGCAACGAGCGGCCGCCCAUCUUUGAAAUCCGGAUGUUCGACGCUCAACAGCAGCAAGGCUCUAACGCAUGCCGUGUGUCUAACGGUGGCUGCAGCAGUCUGUGUCUGGCCAUACCAAGAGGUCGGCAGUGUGCUUGUGCAGAGGACCAGGUACUAGACCCGACUGACAACACCAGCUGCAAAGCCAACCCAUCUUACAUCCCACCUCCUCAGUGCCAGCCAGGAGAGUUUGCGUGUAAGAACAGCCGGUGCAUCCAGGAGCGCUGGAAGUGUGAUGGAGACAACGACUGUCUGGACAGCAGCGACGAGGCUCCUGAGCUGUGCCACCAGCACACCUGCCCCACAGACAGAUUUAAGUGCAAGAACAACCGCUGCAUCCCUCUGCGCUGGUUGUGUGACGGGGACAAUGAUUGUGGGAAUGAUGAGGAUGAAUCCAGCACCACCUGCUCGGCUCGUACCUGCCCACCCAAUCAGUUCUCGUGUGCAAGCGGGCGUUGCAUCCCCAUCUCUUGGAUGUGCGACCUGGACGAUGACUGUGGUGAUCGGUCAGAUGAAUCUGUGUCCUGCGCCUAUCCCACCUGCUUCCCCCUCACACAGUUCACCUGCAACAACGGACGCUGCAUCAACAUUAACUGGCGCUGCGACAACGAAAAGGAUUGUGAGGACGGCUCUGAUGAGUUGAAUUGUCCAAAACUGCCCGAUAACGACUGUGGGGACAACAGCGACGAGGCGGGCUGCAGUCACUCCUGCUCCAGCACUCAGUUUAAAUGUAACAGCGGACGCUGCAUCCCAGAUUACUGGACAUGUGAUGGAGAUAACGACUGUGGGGACUACAGCGAUGAGACCCAUGCAAACUGCACCAAUCAGACCACGCGUCCGCCUGGUGGUUGUCAUGCCGAUGAGUUCCAGUGUCGAAUGGACGGCCACUGCAUCCCCCUGCGCUGGCGCUGCGACGGCGACACAGACUGCAUGGACAUGAGCGACGAGAAGAGCUGCGAGGACGUCACGCACACGUGUGAUCCAGCUGUCAAGUUCGGUUGCAGAGACUCAGCUCGGUGCAUCAGUAAAGCCUGGGUUUGUGACGGAGACAGUGACUGUGAGGACAACUCGGAUGAGGACAACUGCGAUGCUCUGGUGUGUAAGCUCUCCCAUCACGUGUGCGCCAGCAACUCCACCAUCUGCCUGCCUGCAGAGAAACUCUGCGAUGGCACCGAUGACUGCCCAGAUGGCUCCGACGAGAAACUCUGUGAUCUGUGCUCUCUGUACAACGGCGACUGCAGCCACAACUGCACUGUGGCUCCUGGCGAGGGCGUGAUCUGCUCCUGUCCGCUGGGCAUGGAGCUGGGAUCGAACAACAAGACCUGUCAGAUCCAGAGCUUCUGCGCCAAGCAUCUGAAGUGCAGUCAGCGCUGCGAGCAGGACAAGUUCAGCGUGAAAUGCUCCUGUUAUGAAGGCUGGGAGCUGGAGACUGACAUGGAAAGCUGCAAAAGCAUGGAUCCGUUCAAACCCUUCAUAAUUUUCUCAAAUCGUCACGAGAUCCGUCGCAUCGACCUGAACAAGGGAGAGUUUAGCGUGUUGGUGCCGGGCCUCAGAAACACCAUCGCCCUGGACUUCCAUCUCAACCAGAGUUCUCUAUAUUGGACUGAUGUGGUGGAAGAUAAGAUCUACAGAGGGAAGCUGUCUGAGAACGGAGCUUUGACCAGUUUUGAUGUGGUGAUCCAGUACGGGCUGGCUACACCCGAGGGCCUGGCAGUGGACUGGAUAGCAGGAAAUAUUUACUGGGUGGAAAGCAACCUGGAUCAAAUCGAGGUGGCCAAGUUAGACGGCACCAUGAGGACCACGCUGCUGGCGGGGGAUGUGGAGCACCCUCGAGCCAUUGCCCUUGACCCCCGAGAUGGGAUCCUCUUCUGGACAGACUGGGAUGCCAGUUUACCGAGGAUUGAAGCUGCAUCCAUGAGCGGUGAAGGCAGAAAGACUAUUCAUAAGGAAACUGGCAACGGCGGCUGGCCAAAUGGACUCACUGUAGAUUAUUUGGAGCGGCGCAUCCUCUGGAUCGAUGCCAGAUCCGAUGCGAUUUAUUCAGCCAAGUAUGAUGGUUCUGGACUGAUUGAGGUUCUGAGGGGCCAUGAGUACCUCUCCCAUCCAUUUGCCGUCACCAUGUAUGGCGGAGAGGUUUACUGGACGGACUGGAGGACCAACACGCUGGCUAAAGCAAACAAGUGGACCGGAGGCAACGUCACUGUGGUCCAGAGAACCAACACCCAACCUUUUGACCUGCAGGUCUACCACCCAUCCAGACAGCCACUGGCUCCUAACCCGUGUGCAACAAAAGAUGGCAAAGAGCCCUGCUCUCACCUCUGCCUCAUCAACUACAACCAGACGUUCUCCUGCGCUUGUCCUCACCUCAUGAAGUUGGGCCCUGACAAACGUACAUGCUUCGAAUCCCGGCAGUUCCUGCUGUAUGCUCGACAGAUAGAGAUCAGAGGAGUGGACAUCGACAACCCGUAUUACAACUACAUCAUCUCCUUCACGGUGCCGGACAUCGACAACGUGACCGUGGUGGACUACGAUGCUCUAGAGCACCGGAUCUACUGGUCCGAUGUGCGAACUCAGACCAUUAAGAGAGCUUUCAUCAACGGUACUGGAGUCGAGACUGUGGUCUCUGCUGAUCUGCCCAACACACACGGCCUGGCAGUGGACUGGGUGUCCAGGAACCUGUUCUGGACCAGUUAUGAUGCCAAUAAAAAGCAGAUUAACGUUGCCAGACUGGACGGCUCCUUCAAAAAUGCUGUUAUCCAGGGCUUGGACAAACCACACUGUCUGGUGCUGCAUCCAGUACUAGGGAAGCUGUACUGGACAGAUGGGGACAACAUCAGCAUCGCCAACACAGACGGCACCAACAUCAGCCUCCUCUUCAGCAACCAGAAAGGCCCCAUUGGUCUCUCCAUCGACUUUGAUGCUGAGCAGCUUUACUGGAUCAGCUCUGCAAAUGGCACCAUUAACCGCUGUAAACUGGACGGCUCUGAGCUGGAGGUGCUCGAAGGGGUCAAGGGCAAACUGAUCAAGGCAACGGCUCUCGCCAUCAUGGACUGGACUCAUGCUAAUGGCUCUAUUAAGAGAGGCAGCAGGGACAAUGCCACAGACUCCAUCUCUCUGAGGACUGGUAUUGGAGUGCAGCUCAAAGACAUCAAGGUUUUUAACAAGGCCAGGCAGCAAGGAACAAACGUGUGCAAAAACAACAAUGGCGGGUGUGAGCAGCUCUGUCUCUACCGUGGCAACGGGCAGCGCACAUGCGCCUGCGCUCACGGCACACUGUCCGAAGACGGACGUGGCUGCCGCGACUACGAAGGCUACCUCCUCUACUCGGAGCGCACCAUACUCAAGAGUGUCCACCUGUCGGACGAAAACAACCUGAAUGCACCUAUAAGGCCGUUCGAAGACCCCGAGCACAUGAAGAACAUCAUUGCGCUCACUUUUGAUUACAGAGGAGGUGGAGGGAGAGGAGCUAACCGCAUCUUCUUCAGCGACAUCCACUUUGGAAACAUCCAGCAGAUCAGUGACGAUGGAUCUGACCGCAAAACGAUAGUAGAGAAUGUGGGCUCGGUGGAGGGUCUGGCAUACCACAGGGGCUGGGAUAUGUUAUACUGGACCAGCUACACCACCUCAACAAUCACCCGCCACACUGUGGAUCAGAGCCGCUGGGGAGCCGUGGACAGGAACACUGUGGUUACCAUGUCUGGAGACGAUCACCCAAGAGCGUUUGUCCUUGACGAGUGUCAAAGCCUGAUGUUUUGGACCAACUGGAACGAGCAGUAUCCCAGUAUCAUGCGCGCCACGCUGGCUGGCGCCAACGUCCUCGUGAUCAUCGGCACCGACAUCAGAACGCCCAACGGCCUGGCCAUCGACCACAGAGCUGAAAAGCUCUACUUCUCUGAUGCCACGCUUGACAAGAUUGAGCGCUGCGAGUAUGACGGCAGCCAGCGAUACAUGGUGCUGAAGAAUGAGCCGGUCCAUCCGUUUGGCCUGGCCGUGUACGGAGAGUACAUCUUCUGGACUGACUGGGUCAGGAGGGCCGUGCUUCGUGCCGAUAAAUACACAGGGGGAGACAUGAAGGUGCUGCGUGCUGACAUCCCCCAGCAGCCGAUGGGGAUCGUUGCUGUGGCCAACGACACGAACAGCUGUGAGUUCUCUCAGUGUCGCAUCAACAACGGAGGAUGUCAGGACCUGUGUCUGCUGACCUCUGAUGGAAGGGUUACCUGCAGUUGCCGUGGCGACCGGAAGCUUUUGGAAGACAACACCUGCACUGGUGCAAACACGACCUGCAGCAACAUGGAUGAGUUUGAAUGUGGGAACGGAGACUGCAUCAACUACACGCUGACUUGUGACGCCAAGGCCCACUGUAAGGACAAGUCUGACGAGAAGCCGUCCUACUGUGCCAACCGUGUGUGUAAGAAGGGCUACAGACGGUGUGUGAACAGCCGAUGUGUGGCGCACAGCUCCUGGUGCAACGGGCAAGACGACUGUGGAGACAACUCUGAUGAAGUUUUCUGUAACACCACCUUGUGCUCAGCCGGUCAGUUCCAGUGCAGAGACGGAAGCUGCGUCUCCAACUCCAGCAAGUGUAACCAGAAGGUGGACUGUGAGGACGCCAGCGACGAGAUGAACUGUCCUCCCACGGACUGCUCCUCUUACUUCCACCUGGGGGUGAAGGGCGUGACGUUUCAGAGGUGUGAGUUCACCACGCUCUGCUACGCACCCUCGUGGCAGUGCGACGGAGCCAACGACUGCGGAGACUUCACGGAUGAAAAAAACUGCGCGGGGGUCUGGAGAACAAAGUGUCCUACGCCUUUCUUCGCCUGCCCCAGUGGCCGCUGCAUCCCCACGAGCUGGCUCUGCGAUAAGGAGAAUGACUGUGAGGACGGGGCUGACGAAGCUAACUGCGAUAAGUCCUGCUCACCCACCCAGUUUGAGUGUGGAGACCACCGCUGCAUUCCCAGCCGCUGGGUGUGUGACGGGGCUAAAGACUGCAGCGACGGCUCCGAUGAGGACAGCAAGUGCAAGAGUAAAACCUGCAGUCCCGAUGCGUUCCACUGUCCCGGAUCGUACACGUGCAUUCCUCAGCUCUGGAAGUGUGACGGCGACAAAGACUGCCCCGAUGGAGCCGAUGAGAGCGUUAAAGCUGGCUGCGUGUUCAACAACACAUGCGGCAGCGAUGAGUUCAUGUGCCAGAACCGACGGUGCAUUCCGAGGCACUUUGUGUGCGACCAUGACAACGACUGCAGCGACGGCUCAGAUGAGUCCCAGGAGUGUUUGUAUAAAACGUGUGGACCCAACCAGUUCCGCUGCGACAACGGACGGUGUCUCGUGCACAAGUCUUGGGAGUGCGAUGGAGAGUUUGACUGCCACGAUCACUCAGACGAAGCACCGAUGAACCCUCGUUGCAACAGCUCAGAAAGUCAAUGCAAUGACACCAUGUACAGCUGCAACAAUGGGAUCUGCAUCAACGAGACGCUAAUCUGCGACCUUAAGGACGACUGUGGGGACGGCUCUGAUGAGCUGAACUGUCAAAUUAACGAGUGUCUGAACAACAAACUGAGUGGCUGCUCCCAGCUGUGUGAAGACCUGAAAAUAGGCUUUAAGUGCAGAUGCAACCCUGGUUUCCGUCUGAAAGAUGAUGGGAAGACGUGCGUGGACAUAGACGAGUGCACAACCACUUACCCCUGCACGCAGCGCUGCAUCAACACACACGGCAGCUUCCACUGUCUGUGUGUGGAGGGCUUCCUGCCCAGUCCGGGGAACCCAACCAUAUGCAAAUCAGUUUCUGACGAGGAGCCGUUCCUCAUAUUUGCUAACCGUUAUUAUCUGAGGAAGCUCAACUUGGACGGCUCAAACUACACUCUGCUCAAACAGGGAUUGAACAACGCCGUCGCUCUGGACUUCGACUAUCGGCAGCAGAUGAUUUAUUGGACAGAUGUGAACACGCAGGGCAGCAUGAUCCGACAGAUGCACAUCAACGGCAGCAAUGUUCAGGUCCUUCAUCGCACAUUGCUCAGCAACCCUGAUGGGCUGGCAGUGGACUGGGUGGGAGGAAACCUGUACUGGUGCGAUAAGGGACGAGACACUAUCGAGGUGUCAAAGCUGAACGGAGCUUACCGGGCGGUUCUGGUCAACAGCGGUCUGAAGGAGCCACGUGCUGUCGCUGUGGACGUGCGCUAUGGGUAUUUGUACUGGUCCGACUGGGGUGACAACCCCCACAUUGGGAGGAUCGGGAUGGAUGGUACAAACAGGAGUGUCGUUGUACAAGAUAAGAUCACCUGGCCCAAUGGACUGACCUUGGACUUUAUCAAUGACCGGGUGUACUGGGCUGACGCUCGGGAGGACUACAUUGCAUUUGUCAGCAUGGACGGAACCCACAGACACACAGUCCUGACUGAGGAUAUUCCACACAUCUUUGCCAUGACUCUGUUCGAGGAGUACAUCUACUGGACGGACUGGGAAACAAAGUCCAUCAACAGAGCUCAUAAAACCCUGGGAACCAACAAGUCCAUGCUGAUCAGUACCCUACAUAGACCAAUGGACAUCCAUGUAUACCAUCCAUACCGGCAGCCUGAAGUGUCAGGUCAUCCAUGCCAGACAAACAAUGGCGGCUGCAGUAAUCUGUGUUUGCUCUCACCUGGAGGGGGCUACAAGUGUGCAUGCCCCACUAACUUUUACCUGUCAUCUGAUGGCAGACAGUGUGUGUCCAACUGCACUGCAAGCCAGUUUGUUUGCAAAAAUGACAAGUGCAUUCCGUUUUGGUGGAAAUGUGACACAGAGGACGACUGUGGGGACCGCUCGGACGAGCCUGCAGACUGCCCCGAGUUUAAGUGCAAACCGGGUCAGUUCCAGUGCGGCACUGGCAUCUGUACCAACCCUGCCUACAUCUGUGAUGGAGACAACGACUGCCAGGACAAUUCUGAUGAAGCCAACUGUGACAUCCACGUGUGCCUGCCGAGUCAGUUCAAAUGUUCCCACCCCAAUCGCUGCAUCCCCGGCAUCUUCCGCUGCAACGGCCAGGACAACUGUGAAGACGGCGAGGAUGAGAAAGACUGUCCUGAGGUUACCUGUGCUCCAAACCAGUUCCAGUGUGCCAUGAGUAAGCGCUGUGUCCCGCGAGUGUGGGUGUGUGACCGGGACAAUGACUGCAUGGAUGGUUCUGACGAGCCUGCAAACUGCACUCAGAUGACGUGCGGCGUGGACGAGUUCCGCUGCAAAGACUCGGGACGCUGCAUCCCGGCUCUCUGGAAGUGCGACGGCGAAUCCGACUGUGGAGAUGAUUCGGAUGAACCUAAGGAGGAGUGUGAUGAGCGGACGUGUGAGCCGUACCAGUUUCGGUGCAAAAACAACCGUUGCGUGCCCGGCCGCUGGCAGUGUGACUACGACAACGACUGCGGGGACAACUCGGAUGAGGAAAAGUGUGUGCCUCGACAGUGUUCAGAGAGCGAGUUUUCCUGCAAAAAUGGCCGCUGCAUCGCAGGGCGCUGGAAGUGCGACGGGGACCAUGAUUGUGCCGACGGCUCCGAUGAGAUUGGCUGCGAUGUGAAAUGCGACAGCGAACAGUUCCAGUGUAAAAACGGCCACUGCAUUACCAUCCGCUGGCGCUGCGACGCAGACGCAGACUGCCUGGACGGCAGCGAUGAGGAGAACUGUGACAGUGUGGGAAGACACUGCCUCCAGCACGAGUUCCAGUGCAACAACUCGCUGUGCAAACCGCUCCGCUGGAUGUGUGAUGGCGAGGACGACUGUGGUGACAAUUCUGAUGAGAACCCAGAGGAGUGCGGUAAAUUCCAGUGCCCCCCCACCAGGCAGUUCCGGUGUCACAACGACAGGGUGUGUCUACCGCUGUCAAAACGCUGCGAUGGUGUGGACGACUGCGGGGACCAAAGUGAUGAGCUCUACUGCCCAACACUUCCUUUCAUUCCAGUUUGUCAAAAGAACCAGUUCCAGUGCUUCAAUGGCCACUGCAUCAACUCGGACCUGUUCUGCAACCACUUCAACGACUGUGAGGACUACGGCUCGGAUGAAACCAGUUGCACCAAGAAAGACUCGGGGCCGAACGAGUGCAGCCGUAACGUGACGAUGUGUGGGGACGGAGACGAAGCUCACUGUGUGGUCAACGGCACCGUCUCCUUCUGCUCGUGCAAACCUGGCUUCCAGUCCAACGGGCGGAACAAAUGUGAAGAUAAGAACGAGUGUAAGGAGUUUGGGACGUGUUCCCACAUCUGCAACAACACGAAGGGUUCCUACAAGUGCAGCUGCCACAAGUAUUUCAGCAGAAUAAAUAACACCUGCAAGGCCGACGCUCAGGGAUAUGUGCUGUACAUCGGUGAUGACAACGAGAUCCGCAGCCUGGAUCCCUCCAUGCCCGGUUGGCGCUACGAGCAGGUCUUUCAUGGCGAUGCCAACGUGCGCAUUGACGCCAUGGACCUGCACGUGAAGUCAAACCGCCUUUACUGGACAAACUGGCACACGGGGCGCAUCUCCUCCUACGAUUUGCCUGCUUCCUCCUCCUCUUCACAGAACAGUAACCGUAAUGGACGCCAGGGGGACUCCCGUGUGGUCAACCUGGAGAUUCCAGAUCUGAAGAUGCCCCGGGGCAUUGCCGUGGACUGGGUGGCAGGGAACUUGUACUGGACGGACUCUGGCCGAGACGUCAUUGAGGUGGCCCAGAUCAAUGGUGGACGCCACUGUAAAACCCUGAUCUCUGGCAUGAUCGAUGAGCCUUACGCUAUUGUAGUGGACCCCCCCCGAGGAAAAAUGUACUGGGCGGACUGGGGCGACCACCCCAAGAUUGAAACAGCUGCUAUGGAUGGAACCAUGAGAGAGACGCUGGUGGAAGAAAACAUUGAGUGGCCAACAGGUCUGACAGUGGACUACUACAACGAGCGUCUGUACUGGGCUGACGCGAAACUUUCCCUGAUCAGCAGUGUGAGGCUGGACGGCAGUGAUGCAGUCGUUGCUGUAAACGCUUUGAAAAACAAGCUCCAUCACCCGUUCAGCAUCGAUGUCUUUGAGGAUACCAUCUACGGCGUCACCUACAGGAACAAUCAGGUCUUCAGAGUGAAUAAGUUUGGUAAAGGCCCCGUCGAGAACCUGGCAACUGGAAUGAACCAUGCCACAGAUCUAGUUCUGCAGCACCGAUACAAACAACCGGAGAUGACUAACCCCUGUGACAGGAAGAAAUGCGAGUGGUUAUGUCUGCUCAGUCCCAGUGGACCCGUCUGCACCUGUCCCAACGGACGGACGCUGGACAACGGCACCUGCGUAGAGCUGCCGACUCCCACGCUGUCUCCCGUCUCUCCUCCCAGUGGGCCCUGCUCCCUCCAGUGUUUGAACGGUGGCAGCUGUUUCCUGAACGCGCGCAAGCAGCCCAAGUGUCGCUGCCAGCCGAACUACAGAGGCGAUCGAUGCGAGAUUGAUCAGUGCAAGGACUACUGCAGGAACGGAGGAAUAUGCACACCUUCUCCUACAGGUUCUCCUACCUGCCGGUGCCUCACAGGCUUCACAGGGCCCAACUGUAACCUGCACACCUGUAAGGAUUACUGCAGGAACGGAGGCAACUGUACGGUCAGCGCAGGAAACCAGCCGACAUGUCGCUGCCCCACAGACAUCCUCGGCGACAAGUGCCAGUACAGAAGCUGCGAAGGCCACUGUCUGAACGGCGGCACCUGCCUGCAGAGCGAAAACGGCUCUAAACUGUGCCGCUGUCUGCCUCAGUACAUGGGCGCCACGUGCGAGAUUGACAAAUGUCAUUACUGUCGGGACGGCGAAUGUCUCCCCAGUAAUGGUUUUUCAUCUACAGGGGAGUUCAAAUGCCGCUGCACAAACGGCAGAGUCCAGCCCAGCUGUUACACGUGUGAUACGAAUGAGUACUGUGCAAAUGGCCAGUGCUCUUUAAAUCCUACUACUCGUCUUCCAGAGUGCAGAUGUACCUCAGGCUGGACAGGGUAUCGCUGCGAGUCCGUGGCCAUCAGCAAGGACGGCCAAGGUUCAAGUGGACGCACGGCCUCCAUUGUGGCCACAGUGUUGAUCCUGCUGAUACUGGUCCUCCUGGCAGUAGGAGCUGUGCUGUGGUACAGGAGGAGAAUGAGAGGGUCUAGCCGGCCCGGAAAAACCGGCUCCAAACGCUUGCGAGCCAAGGGCUUCCAGCACCAAAGGAUGACCAACGGGGCCAUGAAUGUAGAGAUUGGAAACCCGGCGUAUAAGAUCUACGAGGGCGAGCCUGAUGACGAUGCUGGAGAGCUGCUGGACGCAGACUUCACUUUGGACCCAGAGAAGCCCACCAACUUCACAAACCCCGUAUACGCCACUCUGUACAUGGGAGCCCACAACAGCCGCAACUCUCUGGCGAGCACAGACGAGAAGAAGGAGUUGCUAUCACGUGGAGACGAAGAGCCCCUCGUAGACCCUCUGGCAUAGACUGUCCAUCAGCCGGAUCGUAGUAUUCCAAAACACUCCCCACUUCUUGCCUUUCUGAAGAAAAACUAAACAAGAAUCGAUUUAAAAGAAAAGUGUGAGAUAAAUUGCUAAAGUGUGAACACUGUAAAAACAAAUGUACAAAAAUGAAGGACUACUUUUGUAUGUGAUUGCAGUAUUAUAUUUUGUUCUUUAGAGGUUCCUCUGGUCAAAAACAGACAUUUUCUAAGAGAUUUUUAAUUUACACGUUCUCCUGUACCCUUUACCUAAAUAGCCACUACCUCUGUAAAAACAACAACAACAAAACAGAAACGAGAAAAUCAAACCGAAAAGAUGCUAUCAUUGGAGCGAUUUUAAUUUUUUAUUUUUGUAUGAAUUGUACAGAUGAGGAAAAACGAACACUCGUUCCAUUUCACCAGUGCCAACCGUUUGUCGUUUGUGUUGACUUUGAGCAGGAAAGGCAGACUCAAAUUGUUCUUAAAAAAGAAAAGAAAUUGGUACGUUUGUGUGUUGGUUUGCCGGGUUUCUCAGCCGGACUGUGCGAGAACGAUCUGCGAGAGCACCGUUUGUGUAUAGCACAUGUAAAAAAAACAAAAAAUGUCGACACCAGAUGGAAACUACAGUAUUUUCCACGAUAUAUUCCUCAGAGAACAAAGUUCAUGAAAUGAUUGUGUUGUCUUCCUUGCACAGAAACUCACAUUUGACAGUAUUAUGUGUUCUGUGGGGGUUUUUACCGUAAGAUGUAAAGAUAUGAUUGUUUUUGUCUUAAAAUUGAAGCUUGCGUGUUGGUCUGUGAUUUGUGUCGUUGGAGAAAGGAUUCAACAUUCCUUAAAGAGAGAUUACAGAUGGCAGGGAUGAAGUGUCAUGUCUGAAAGAUUAGUUACCAAGGUCUUCCUCAAGAAGCAAAGAAAGGCUGCCGUUUGGUUAAAACGUGGGGAUUAAGAUGAUUUAGCUGGAUCUAUUGUGUCUUUUUCUUCUUUCGUCCAUUGUUUUUUUCUUUUGAAGACCAGAUAACGUUUGUUGCUUUGUGAAUAAAUGCAUCUUUCUGCCUUUAGAGAAUCAAAGUCUGUACCUUCACAGUCUUGUUCUGCCUCAGUCUCAAGUGCAUUGUGUUCCUCGUCUUUAGCUCCAUGAGAUCCGAACUCCGCCGUGCCGCUGCUGCUAACGCCACCGUUCUGGCCGCUCCGACCCGUCCUUACGCUCAGCCUCUGUCCCCAAAAUGCUGCUUCUGUCAGAAAACGCGUCAGCCAUAUUAUCUUUACUGCAUGCGUACGGUAACAAGUCUUCGGCGUAACAAGUUUUUCCUUUGCUUUCCCGUCGGGUGUUAUCUUGCGCUGUUGUGUACAUUUUGUCUUAAAAUCGAACGAGAAGUACAAUCAUUUUACAUAAAGGACACUUUUUGGAGAAUCAUACGUGCAUUUCCAGACUUUCCUUUGGAUUCUGUUUUUAUUUUUUUUUUGAUGAAAAAUGACACAUAGCUUUUAUAGAACACGAUGCAUGGAGACUCAGACUUUCUUCUGGAAAGAGAAUAAUGUUUCAUUUUUUGCUGGAGUACUUUACAAACACAACAACCGAUAUUGUCAUAAAAAAAUAAAAAAAUGUAA